UGCACCUCCAUACUUCAUCCACCGACGCUGCAGAGGUUGUUAAAACCAGCGGGACGUCCGCGGCGAUAACAUGCACCAACUAACGAAAACGACGUCCUGGGGGAAGUAGUAAGUAGAGAGAGAGAAAGAGUGGUAUAAAAAGCGGCCCAAACAUGUACAACGUCACAUACGGCUCCACCGCCAUGCCGCGGCCGAGCGAGUUGCCGCUCUCGACGGUAAACCUCCGGCCGAGGUCCUUCUCCCAACCGCGGAUAAAACCGUCCAAACGGCUGAAUCUAAACGUCGGCGGGACGCACUAUGAGGUGUCGAAGAGUCUUGUCGACAUGUAUCCGGAUACUUUGUUGGGAAGUAGGGAGAAGGAAUGCUUCUACGACGAUGCUAGAAAGGAGUACGUCUUCGACCGCGAUCCGGAUAUAUUCCGGCACAUCCUAAACUACUACCGGACGGGGACUCUCCACUAUCCGGAAAACGAAGGACUUGUCAAGUACGAAGAGGAGUUGUCCUUCUUCGGCCUUGACUGCAGCGAUUUGGAGGAGAUGCUUGGCCCCUGCUGCCGUGAGGUCUACUUCGACAAGAAAGAAACGCUGAUCAAAGUAAACAGUCGGAACGAGGACGAAAACAUUUCGGAUCAAGACAGAACGCUACGAGAACGCCUGUGGCUGUCCAUUGAAAACCCCGGUAGGGACGCGUGUGGAACGUCAUUCUUUUACGUCAUGCUGUUUUUCAUCACGGUAUCUAUAGCGUCCAACGUAUUAGAAACGAUCUACUGCAGGGGCGUAGGUAGGGAAGAAUGGAUGUACUGCGGAGAUAGGUAUCCGAGAUCUUUUUAUGUAGUAGAGUCCGCUUGUGCCAUACUGUUCACGUUAGAGUAUAUCAUCCGCUUCUACUCAACUCCGGAGCGGUGGAUAUUCGUCAAAAGCCCCAUGAGUAUCAUAGAUAUCCUGUCCAUACUGCCUUUCUAUAUUGCUCUCUGUAUGCCAAAGGACAGCGAGAUGAACGGGGUGUUCGUGACGCUACGAGUCUUUCGCGUGUUUCGGGUCUUCAAGUUGACGAGAUCGUCCACCAACUUGCAACUCCUCGGGUACACCCUGAGAUCGUGCGUGCGAGACUUGAGUUUCCUGCUCUUCGCGCUCUUCAUGACGGUAAUAGUGUUCUCCACGGUUAUCUUCUACGCUGAAAAAGGAACGCCGGCGAGUCACUUCACAUCCAUUCCCGCGACGUCGUGGUACAUCAUCGUGACCAUGACCACGCUUGGGUACGGGGACAUGGUCGCCCGGACUACCUUCGGGAAAGUUGUCACGGCCUUCUGUUGCCUCAGCUCGGUUGUACUCCUAACUCUCCCCGUAACAGUCAUAGUGUCCAACUUCAACAACUUGUACCGACCGGACAGACUCAAGAGCAAAUUCACAGCCAUCCCGGCGGUAAGGAGGAGGAGCAUCACCAAGACGCCGAAUGACAGUGACUUGUUCGAAUCGCAACACCGGCAUCUUCUGGAGUCACUGGAUCAGGUCAGAGACAGACGGUUGGGUGGGGUUUCGUUCGUUUAUGAUCCCAGAAGUGAUAACAAAGGCGAGAUCGAAACACUUAAGAUUCAGUCAGAGAGCGAAAGUGAUAGUGACAAUUGUGAUUAUGAAUAUAAAAGCCUUAAGCGUUAACUUACAUCAUAUAUGCAUGUUAUUUUCUCUUCAUAUUAUUCAUAUUGAAUGGGUAUAAAG